AUGGAACUAAUUGUAGAAAGCUGUAGAGGUUGUACAUACUAUAUACAACUUGAUUUACAUAUUGUGUUUGAUCAGAGGAGUUUGGAUGAGCAGUCUAGAGAUCUGACAAUGUUUCAGACACUCCUAGGGACGUUUUGCUUGACAGUGUUGCUAAUAGGUUACACUAACUCAGUACAGAUUCUGUAUAAUGACUUAGUGUUUAUUCUUUGUAACAAGAUUCUGGAUGUUACAAACCUAUACACAGACAAUGUUCUAGUAAUAGGACCCUACUCAAGAUAUGAGAAAGUAGACAGAAUGGAGGAAACACUUUCUAAGAACAAGGGAAUACAGAAGUUUGUAUACAAGUAUCUGAUGGAUGUAAACUGGAUUUUGCAGAGAGUGAAAGCUGUAGGAGGGACGUUUUCUAGGAAGAAGAUGAUGCUUUGUAACAAAUCUACAAUAUUCAUUAAGUAUAAGCUGACAUAUUUAGGGAGAGAGACUGAAGAAUCACAAAUACAGAAGGUUAGGGAUUGGCUGCCUUGUAAGAGUGUUACAGAAGUAAGGGGAUUUCUCAGAACAGUAGGAGUGCUUCAUGUUUUUAUUUGA